UGACCGAGAAAGAGUACAGGGAGAUAUAGACAACAGAGAGGAGAGAGGAGUGUUGUGGAAGAAACGAGUGCCUACCCAGCAGGUUAUGAAGAGGACCAGUAGGACCUGGACUAGCUGAGCAGGUGAAUCGCUAGCUGACCUGGUGGAAUACAGCACUGAAAGCAACCAUCUUCACUUGGGCUAGGAUCUGGACGACCAGGUCAAGUUGGGGGUACAGUAGCUGGCUGGCUGAAGAGGCCAUUUUAGCGACCAUCUUCCCUUCCUCCAAAUUCCCCAGGUAGAGCCAAGAUGGCGGAGAGUGGCGGCGAGCCUAACCUGCAGUCCUACAUUAUGGACGAGGAAACUCUGAAGAGGAAGCAGAAGGAGAAGCUGAAGAAGCUCCUGGCCACGGGGGGAAACCCUCGGCCCGCACGCUCCCUCUUCUUCCUCACAUUGAAGAACCCCUUCCGCAAGGCUGCCAUCAACAUUGUGGAAUGGAAACCGUUUGAGAUCAUCAUCCUGCUGACCAUCUUUGCCAACUGUGUGGCCCUGGCUGUGUUCCUGCCCAUGCCUGAGGAGGACAGCAAUAACACCAACAGCAACCUGGAAAGUCUGGAGUACAUCUUCCUCAUCGUCUUCUCCAUAGAGUGCUUUCUAAAAAUAAUAGCCUAUGGAUUUCUAUUUCACGAGAAUGCGUAUCUGCGGAACUGUUGGAACAUACUGGAUUUUGUCUGUGUAUCUGUGGGACUGUUUGCAGUCAUCGGGGACUUCAUCACCUAUAUCAGUGGUGUGGAGGCUCAACCAGGGGACAAGGGAGGAGGCUUCGACAUGAAGGCCCUCAGGGCAUUCAGGGUGCUCCGGCCCCUCAGGCUGGUCUCUGGAGUCCCCAGCCUGCAGGUGGUGAUGAACUCCAUCCUGAAAUCCAUGCUACCUCUGUUUCACAUCUCCCUGCUGGUCUUCUUCAUGGUCACCAUCUACGCCAUCGUGGGACUGGAGCUGUUCAAGUGCAAGAUGCAUAAAACCUGCUACUACACAGGCACAAAUAUCAUAGCCACAGUGGAGAAUGAGAAGGCAUCUCCAUGUGCCCAGGCCGGUAAUGGUCGGCGCUGCACCAUCAACGGGACAGUGUGUAGGGCGGGAUGGGCCGGACCCAACAACGGCAUCACACACUUUGACAACCUGGGCUUCGCUAUGCUCACUGUCUACCAGUGCAUCACUACCCAGGGCUGGACCGACGUGCUCUACUGGGUGAAUGAUGCCAUCGGUAUGGAGUGGCCGUGGAUGUACUUUCUGACACUCAUCUUGGUUGGCUCCUUCUUCGUACUCAACCUGGUUCUGGGCGUGCUCAGUGGUGAAUUCACUAAGGAGCGAGAGAAGGGUAAGGCGCGUGGAGAGUACACAGAGAUGAGGGAGACCCAGCAGCUGGAUGAGGAUCUGAAGGGCUACAUGGAGUGGAUCACACAGGCCGAAGUCAUGGACGCCGACGGGGAAGGACAGGGCCUGCUAAUGCUGGAGGAUGGAGAAUCUGAGGCAGGGAGCCUAAAGGACAUGGACACCAUGCAAAAAAUCAUGUACUACUACAAGCUGGCUCGUAAAUGGAACAUUUUCUUCCGGCGUAAGUGUCUUGUGUAUGUGAAGUCCCGUAUGUUCUACUGGUGGGUGAUCCUUCUGGUGUUCCUGAACACGCUGGCCAUCGCUACUGAACACCACAAGCAGUCCCAGCAACUCACCGAGUGGCAAGACACUGCCAACAAGGUGCUGCUGUCUCUGUUCGCCAUUGAGAUGUUUAUGAAGAUGUACGCCCUGGGUCUCCAGCAAUACUUCAUGUCUCUGUUCAACCGCUUUGACUGCUUCGUGGUCUCCACCGGCAUUCUGGAACUCGUCCUGGUCGGCAUGGACGUCAUGACCGUCAUGGGGAUCUCUGUGCUGCGCUGCAUUCGACUACUCAGGCUGCUCAAAGUAACCAAGUACUGGACGUCUCUCAGUAAUCUGGUGGUGUCCCUGCUGAACUCAACCCCCUCGAUCGCCUGCCUGCUCCUCCUCCUCUUCCUCUUCAUCGUCAUCUUCUCUCUGCUGGGCAUGCAGGUGUUCGGGGGGAAGUUCAACUUCCCCAAUGCGCCCAAACCCCGCAGCACCUUUGACAGCUUCCCCCAAGCUCUCAUCAGUGUCUUCCAGAUCCUGACGGGGGAGGAUUGGAACUCUGUGAUGUAUGAUGGCAUCAUGGCGCAUGGCGGUCCCACCAUGCCCGGGAUCCUCGUCAGCAUCUACUUCAUCAUCCUCUUCGUCUGCGGAAACUACAUCCUGCUGAAUGUGUUCCUGGCCAUCGCUGUGGACAACCUGGCGGAGGCUGAGAGUCUGACCAUGGCCCAGAAGGAGAAGUCUGAGGAGAAGAAACGCAAAAAGCUGCUCAGGGCUAACAUGCCUGACAAGGCCACAGAGGAGAAAGCCCUCCUGGCCAAGAAGCUUGCAGCGGAGAGAGCCAAAAUAGAGGGGAUCCCUACCACAGCCAAGCUGAGAGUGGACGAGUUUGAGUCCAACGUGAACGAGAUCAAGGACCCCUUCCCGCCUGCUGACUUCCCUGGUGACGAUGAGGAGGAGGAGCCUGAUAUCCCUGACACCCCGAGGCCACGGCCAAUGGCAGACCUGCAGCUGAAGGAGGAGGUGGUGCCUAUUCCAGAGGCCAGCUCCUUCUAUAUCUUUAGCUCUGAUAACAAGAUCCGUAAGCUGUGCCACCGCAUCAUCAACGCCACCGCCUUCACCAAUAUCAUCCUCCUCUUCAUCCUCCUCAGCAGCAUCUCCCUGGCUGCCGAGGACCCUAUCGACCCCAUGUCCUUCAGGAACCAGGUGCUGGCCUCCGCUGAUGUGGUCUUCACCUCAGUGUUCACUGUGGAAGUUGUCCUCAAGAUGACCGUAUACGGCGCCAUCAUGCACCCCGGCUCCUUCUGCCGGAACUCCUUUAAUAUCCUGGAUCUGAUUGUGGUCAGCGUAUCCCUCCUCUCCAUGCUCAUGGAGUCCAGUGCUAUCUCUGUGGUGAAGAUCCUCAGGGUGCUGAGGGUGCUGAGGCCCCUAAGGGCCAUCAACAGGGCCAAGGGCCUCAAGCAUGUGGUCCAGUGUGUUUUUGUGGCCAUCAAAACCAUUGGCAACAUCGUGCUGGUCACCAUGCUGCUAGACUUCAUGUUCGCCUGCAUUGGAGUCCAGCUCUUCAAGGGCAAAUUCUAUGCCUGCACAGAUCCUGACAAAAUGACAGAGGAGGAGUGCAAGGGCAACUACAUUAGGUACCAGGAAGGUGCCAUCCAUCCGAUGACCAUCCAUAAGAGAGAAUGGAUCAAUGCAGAGCUCAACUUUGACAACAUCCUCGAAGGCAUGCUGGCUCUCUUCACUGUCUCCACCUUCGAGGGCUGGCCAAAGUUGCUCUACAAGGCCAUAGACUCUAACAUGGAGGAUGUGGGUCCGGUGUACAACAACCGCAUCGCCAUCUCCAUCUUCUUCAUCGUCUACCUCAUCCUCAUCGCUUUCUUCAUGAUGAACAUUUUCGUGGGUUUCGUCAUCGUUACGUUUCAGGAGCAGGGAGAGCAGGAGUACAAGAACUGUGAGCUGGAUAAGAACCAGCGUGCGUGUGUCGAGUACGCCCUGAAAGCCCGGCCGCUGCGCUGCUACAUUCCUAAGAACCCGUACCAGUACAACGUGUGGUACAUCGUCACCUCCUGCUACUUUGAGUACCUGAUGUUCCUGCUCAUCAUGCUGAACACCAUGUGUCUGGGGAUGCAGCACUGUAACCAGUCAACCCAUGUGACCGACCUGUCAGACAUGCUGAACGUGAUCUUCACUGUGCUCUUCACUGUGGAGAUGGUCCUCAAACUCAUGGCCUUCAAAGCUAAGGGUUACUUUGGAGACCCUUGGAACGUCUUUGACUUUGUCAUCGUCAUCGGCAGUGUCGUUGACGUCAUCCUGAGUGAAGUCGAUGCAGCCCUGGCCUCCUCUGGAGGACUAUACUGUCUCCACGGCUGCGCUGAGGUGAACCCAAUGCAAGCGAUAGCAGAUUCUGAAAAUGCCCGUGUGUCAAUCACCUUCUUCCGACUGUUCCGUGUGAUGCGUCUGGUGAAACUGCUGAACCGUUCUGAAGGGAUCCGGAACCUUCUGUGGACCUUCAUCAAGUCCUUACAGGCCCUGCCCUACGUCGCCCUGCUCAUCCUCAUGCUGUUCUUCAUCUAUGCUGUGGUUGGGAUGCAGAUAUUUGGUAAGAUAGCGCUAAUAGACGGGACGUACAUCAACAGGAACAACAACUUCCAGACGUUCCCCCAUGCUGUGCUGCUGCUCUUCAGGUGUGCGACAGGUGAGGCGUGGCAGGAAGUAAUGUUGGCGUGUCUGUAUGGGAAGAGGUGUGACCCUAAGUCAGACUACCUGCCUGGGGAGGAGAUGACCUGUGGAGCCAGCUUCGCCAUCAUCUACUUCAUGAGCUUCUACAUGCUCUGUGCCUUCCUGAUCAUCAACCUGUUUGUGGCGGUCAUCAUGGACAACUUUGACUACCUUACACGUGAUUGGUCCAUACUGGGUCCUCAUCACCUGGACGAGUUCAGGAAGAUCUGGGCAGAGUACGACCCAGAGGCCACGGGGCGUAUUAAGCACCUGGACGUGGUGACUCUGCUGCGUAGGAUCCAGCCUCCUCUGGGUUUUGGAAAGUUCUGCCCCCAUAGAGUAGCCUGCAAGAGACUGGUGUCCAUGAACAUGCCACUCAACAGUGACGGAACGGUCACCUUUAACGCUACGCUGUUCGCACUGGUCAGGACCGCGCUGAAGAUCAAGACUGAAGGCAACUUUGAGAAGGCCAAUGAGGAGCUGAGGGCCAUCAUCAAGAAGAUCUGGAAACGCACCAGCAUGAAGCUGCUGGACCAGGUCAUCCCACCAAUCGGAGAUGAUGAGGUGACCGUGGGGAAGUUCUACGCCACCUUCCUGAUCCAGGACUACUUCAGGAAGUUGAAGAAGAGACAGGAGGAGUACUAUGGCUUCCGCCCCACCAAGAAGAACGCCAAGAAUGAGAUACAGGCAGGUCUGAGGAGCAUUGAGGAGGAGGAGGCUCCAGAGCUGCAGAGAGCCAUCUCCGGAGACCUGAUGAACGAGGAUGAGAUGGACAGAGCCAUGGAGGACGCAGCGGAGGAGGGUAUCUUCAGGCGGGCGGGCGGUCUGUUUGGGAACCACGUUGAUUCCUUCACCAUGGAGGAAGGAACCCGUGACCCUAAUGCUACACAGGUGACCAGCCAGCGGCCCCUGCAGAUGAGCAGAUCAGACGACGGGGAGGCUACCAGUUCACCUGCCUACCAUGCAAACGAGGACUUCUUCCCCUCAACACCUAACAAAACCAACAACAACAAUGUCAACAACAAUGCUGGGGAGAGCUUUUCAUGUGGGACAUAUGACCGGGUUCAGGUCUAUACCAUCUCAACCAGCAGAAGUCCCCCAGACAGAGACUGGCAGCUGCAGAUAGUAGCUGGACCCAGGCAGGACGCUGAGCCCCACAGAGAGCCGCUCAGCCUCCAGCAGGCCCAGGGCCCAGACAGCGCCUUCGAUACACUUAUACAGGAGGUCUUGAUAAACGGUGGGUUGGAGAGCUUGGCCAGGGACCCUCGUUUUGUGUCGGUGACGAAACGGGAAAUGGCUGAAGCGUUGAACUUUGACCCUCUGGAACUGGAAAGUUCCGCCACUGAGCUUAUGAAUGAUCGCAGAGGGAGCGUUGUCACAUGUCCAAUCAGGCCCCCUCGCAGAUCACAGAGAAAGGCCAACCAAUCAACAACACCCAGGGAUGUUGUGUAGGCCAAUAGGUCUGUCUUCCGUAGCAGCAUAAUAAAGAGACACGUGAAUGUAUUCAAAUGUAAGCAAGGUUUGAAAUUAUUAUGCUUUAGUCAAAUAUGAUAUCUGUUUUGGCUUCUUGCAGUCAAAUUGCAGUCUACAAAUGAUUUGUAAUUAUGUUCCGUUCCCCCGACCAUCACUCAAGAAAAAUCAUCAUGAGGCCGAAUCAAGCUGCCUCAUUGGGUGCCUUCAUAGCGAGUGAUAUCAUCUGAUUGGUUAAGCAGGCUUUAUGAAUCCAGUGUUGUCGUGAUAUUCUGACUUUGGAUGAUUUCUCUCUUGGUUGAUUUAAAGACUUUCCCUGGGAGAGAGCAGACUUACGAUAUGUGAACAUUUCUUUACCAUGUUAUGUUCACAGAACAGACUCCUGUUCGGACAUACGUUGAGUUCAGGUGAACAUCCCGUCGUCCCGAUUUAAACAUGUUCUCAAGUCUCAACUUAAGGAAGUUUUGCUGGCAUAAAAUGUCGGCCCUGUUUAAAAACUAGUGUAUUUCCCUCCAUCCUUGAAGUAAUCACUAAUGCACCUGUAGUUGGGUAGGUACUGAAUACGGUUGUGUGAGUGAUUAGCUCAAAGAGGAAGGGAAGUGUUUUCUAAGUAUUCUUGCAGGGUCCGGACGUUACAUUUCAGGGGACAUUCUUUGAAUUCUGUCAUGACGACAAGGCAAGAUAUAGCUGGGUCAGGAAGUCUCUGGGCUGGAUCAUGUACAGUGGGGCAAAAAUGUAUUUAGUC